AUGUCCUCAUCGGGAGAUGUCUCGUCCGCAGAUGAUGUGACCACCGUUAGCGGUGAUUCAAUCUCCCAACAUGAAGAGCCCACAGAUUCCGCAUCAGUCAAGGCUUUGUCGUUGAAUGAGUUUGACUGCAACAGUUCAACUUCUUCAUCGAUGUAUCGAACGAUACGAAGUGACAUUGUUCACCCGAAUGUGGAACGUUCACUUGGCGAAAGCUUUUCUAUGCGUCGUAGUCCGAAAGACUCACCCGGGCGAUGGACUGACAUUUUUACGUCGAAAAGAAUCAGAAAGAAGAUUCAUAAACAUUUUAGGGAGAGCCAUGUGGAUGAUGAUCGGAGUCCAACAGAUGAGAUGGUAUGUGCUACGCAAGAACUGCGGUCUCUAUCACCGUCAGAGCUUAAUGGUCGAUUCGUACAAGUCAUGCGAGACAGGAAUAUUGACCAGAAGAAAAUUGACGAUAUGCUGCUUAAAAUGGCGGAUGAGCAGAAGAGGUUGAUUCUCACACAACAUCUGAAAACCGAUGUCAGCGGUACAAAAAAGGUGGGCAGAUUUUCAGUGUGUACAGAGCAGCUCUGCUCAUCAAAUUCCUAG